AUGGCUUUACCUAUCUGGAACCGCAAGCAUGAUCUGAUCUAUCUGAUCUUCUUCCUGACACACAUCCCAAUCAUGUUUUGUGUCGACCUUACACCAUUGUACCCAUCAGCCUUGAAACCCGCAUUCAUGACAAAUCUCAGAGCCUGGUACAUCACAACCUACAGAGACCAAUUCUUCUCAUCUCCACCCGCCUGGUUUGAUACCUACAUCUGGAUUGAGGCUCUGUACCAUGUUCCUCUGAGCUUCUGGGCCGUACCAGCUCUUCUGCGUGACGAUCCCAAAGUACCGCUACAUCUUCUCGUCUUCGCCCUGGAGGCUGGACUCACCACAUUGACUUGCAUUGCCGACUAUCUCAGCUGGAGUGGCUACUCAAACAACGAGAAAAUUGAACUUGGAAAGCUCUACGUACCCUACCUAGCAUUGGCAGUCUUCAUGGGUUUUGAUAUGUUCUACCGACUGAGCAAGAUAAUCUCCAGAUCAGACAAGGCAGCCAUUGGCAAGAAGGCCCAAUAG